CGCUCCUUUGUCCCUCCUCCACCAUACUACUCGUCCUCGCGCCGCAGUCGGUCCGUCGUCGCGUCCCGCUUUAUACACAGGAUGACUCACAACAACCUUCACUUCACCCUAACCUUCAUUUAACCCAGCCGGUGUGUAACACUGCGCCCCGUGUGCAGCAUUCACUCCCGGGGGCAGCAUGAUACCCGACGCGCCGGCGGCCGCUACUGCAGCAGCAUCCGCGAGUAACGGCAGCAGCGAAGGCGAGAGCGCGCGGCACAGACACCGAGCUCCGGGAGACGCGGCAGCGGCGGCGGAGCAGCAGCAGCAGAGCGCGGCCCCGCAACACACAUCAUCUGGUGUUUUGGAUAAGCUGUUUGGAAAGCGACUGCUGCAGGCCGGGAGACACAUCAUGUCCCAUAAAUCCUGGAUGAAGACGGUGCCCACAGAGAACUGUGAUGUCCUUAUGACUUUUCCAGACAGCACAGAUGACCACACGCUCCUCUGGCUGCUCAACCGCAUACGACUCUGCAUCCCAGAACUCAUCAUCCAAAUCCGCCAUCACAAACGUACCAGAAUGUACGCCUUCUUCGUCACAGCCACAUAUGAAAAUCUUUUAAGAGGGGCAGAAGAAAUGGGACUCCAGAAAGCUGUGAAGCCAGAGUUUGGCGGUGGCUCUCGGAGCUUCUCCUGUGAGGAAGACUACAUCUACGAGAACAUUGAGAGCGAACUCUGUUUCUUCACCUCACAGGAACGUCAGAGCGUUAUCAAAUACUGGCUGGACAAUCUCCGAGCUAAACAGGGCGAGGCCCUUCACAACAUCAACUUCCUGGAAGGGCAGCCAAUCAUUCCCGAGCUGAGGGCGCGAGGCGUCAUCCAGCAGGUCUUCCCGCUUCACGAGCAAAGGAUUCUGGGACAGCUGAUGAAGUCUUGGGUGCAAGCGGUGUGUGAAAAACAGCCACUUGAUGAUAUUUGUGACUAUUUUGGGGUGAAGAUUGCCAUGUACUUUGCCUGGCUGGGUUUCUACACCACCUCCAUGUUGUAUCCAGCUGUUAUUGGUUUUGUACUGUGGAUGCUCACAGAAUCAGAUCAGACCAGCAGGGACAUCUGUUGUGUGGUGUUUGCACUAUUUAAUGUGGUGUGGGCCACGCUGUUCCUGGAGCGCUGGAAGCGCAGAGGGGCGGAGCUCGCGUACAAGUGGGGUACGCUGGACACACCUGCCGAAUCACUGGAGGAGCCCAGACCUCAGUUCAGAGGUGUAAAGCGCUGCAGUCCAGUAACGGGCUGUGAAGAGUUUUAUUACCCGCCGUGGAGGAGGAGAGUGUUCAGAUGGCUGGUCAGCGUUCCUGUCUGUAUAUUAUGUCUUUGCUUUGUGUUUCUGGCCAUGCUCAUCUGCUUUGAGCUUCAGGAAUUCGUAAUGGGAAUUAAGGAGCUUCCUCGUGUAGCAAGAUUCAUCCCUAAAAUCAUGCUGGCCAUCACUGUGACGGCGUGUGAUGAGGUGUACAGAAAGAUUGCCUGCUGGCUAAAUGACAUGGAAAACUACAGACUCCAGAGUGCCUAUGAGAAAAAUCUCAUCAUCAAAAUGGUUCUUUUUCAGUUUGUAAAUUCAUAUCUCAGCCUUUUCUAUAUUGGAUUCUACCUCAAAGACAUGGAGCGUCUGAAAGAGAUGCUGGCCACGCUUUUGAUUAUCCGGCAGUUCGUGCAAAACAUGAAGGAAGUCUUACAACCGUACCUCGCCGAGCGACACCGGUUGGGCGAGCUCACGCUGCGAGCGGUAUGGGAGCUGCUGGUCUCUGCGCUGCUCAAGUAUGGGCGACUCGCAGCAGGGCGAGCGCAAGUCUCACCAAGCGACCCCAGCAUACCCGGGUCAGGUCUGCAUGCCCCACAGAUGGGUGAGGAGAUCCCGGCAGAGAAGCGAGAACGCAAGUGUCUGAACGGUGGCUGUGGCGUCCCAGAUGAAGACGUGGAGGAGGAGACACGAGAGAGUAACAGCGAAGAAGAAAACGAAUCGGAGAGCCUCAUCGAUUGUGGCCUGAAGCUGCGUAAGGUCAGUUUCAUUGAGAAGGUGGAGCGCAAGUCUGCAAGCUGCGUUAGCUCGAUGGAGGACAGCUUCAUGGAGGAAGGGAGUCCGACCAUGGUGGAGAGGGGCAUGGAUCCCUCCUCGGUUUUUGAGAUGUGUGACGAGGACGAUGAAAACGGGGUGCCGGAGAUGAAGGAACUGGGAACUGAAACCCUUCCGACGGGGGUGGAGAACAGCACGUCAGUCAGGAUCAGGAAAAGGGGGAGGAGCUUGGAGAGAUUGGACAGUAAGACAAAGAAAGAUUCGUGGAUGGAUCCGCCCGAGGAGCAAGAAUCCACAACCCUCACGCAGGCCGAGGUGGAGAGCUGCAUGCAAACGAACCAGGACACGUUUCAGGACUACCAGGAGAUGUUUGUUCAGUUUGGAUAUGUAGUGCUUUUCUCAUCCGCCUUCCCAUUGGCCGCCAUGUGUGCCCUCAUCAACAACAUCAUUGAGAUCCGCAGUGAUGCAUUCAAACUGUGCACCAGCCUCCAGAGACCUUUUGGCUUGAGGGUGGGGAACAUCGGACAAUGGCAGACAGUGAUGGAAGCUAUGGGCGUGAUUGCCAUCAUAGUAAACUGUUACCUGAUUGGUCAGUGUGGACAGCUGCAGAGACUGUUUCCAUGGCUUAGUCCGGAAAUGGCCAUCAUCUCCAUUGUCAUCCUAGAGCACUUUGCAGUACUACUGAAAUAUGUCAUUCAUAUUGCAAUACCAGACAUCCCCAGUUGGGUGAGAGAAGAAAUGGCCAAACUGGAGUAUCAGCGCAAAGAGGCGUUCAAGAAGCACGAGCGUCAAGCGCAGCAGCAUUUCCAGCAGCAGCAGAGAAGGAAGCGCGAAGAAGAGGAGCGGCAACGUCAGGCGGAGUAUCAGGCCCGCCGCGAUCGGGACGACGGACGUUCGGACUCCGGAGGUAGCGACCACCAUCACGACAAGAGCCAAAGUGGGAAAUCCAGAUCUGGGGGUGGUGGAGGGGCAUCUGGCGGGGAAAAGCCCAAGCGACCCAGCUCACUUCUCGGCAACAACAAUGUCAUGAAACUGAAGCAGAUCAUCCCAUUGCAAAGCAAGUUCUCUUCCGGCACAGCCCGUUCUCCACAGUCGCCCACAGGGAACGAGCCCAAGCUACCGGGUUUCCUCAGCUUCAAGUUCCUGAAGUCUCCCGAGAAUAAGAAAGAAGCAGCAACUGCUUCCACAAGCGCAUCAGUAGCUCCUCCACCCCUGGAGAGGUCACAAUCCCCCAACAAGUCCUUCAACCCCAGUAAACUCUUUAACUUUGGGAAGUCAGAAGGAGGGGCGUGCGUAAAUGGGGCUCAGCCCUCAAAACCAGGGGAUGGGGGACAGACGCAGGACAAACCGACCACAAAGUCCGACCUCAAUGGGGUUCCGGAUGAAAUCCCAUCCCCCUGUACAGAGAACGGGGAGAAUGGAUCCUCAUCCGAUGCUGAGCCAUCAGGCUCUAAAAUGUAACAAGAACACAAUCUCCAAAAAAGCACCAGUGUGAGAAACUACUUAGUAACACAGAGGCAGGGAAAUGAAAGGUAGGAGGUUUAUGAGGCUUUGCGAGAUCUGAUCUGGGAGCUGUUCAUUGAGUUAAAGGGAUAGUUCACCCAAAAAUGAAAAUUAUGUCGUCAUUUACUUACCCUCAUAAGUUUCUUUAUUCUGUUGAUUAUGAAAGAAGAUAAUUUGAUCAUAGACGGUACCCACUGACUUCCAUAGUAUUUGUUUUUCAUACUACAGUAUGAAAGUCUGUGCUUACCAUCAUUUAUCAAAAUAUCUUCUUUUGUGGUCAACAGAAUAAAGAAACUCAUACAGGUUUGUAAAAGCAUAAGGGUGAAUAAUUAACGACACAGUUUUCAUUUUUGGGCGAACUAUCCCUUUAAAAAAGGGGGAAUUCACUAAAAACAAACUGUGGCCAAUGAUAAUACAGUUUAUUUGCACACAUUGACUGAAUAGAUUUAGCAUCUAAGGCUUUGUUCACACUGCAACAAAGUUCGCUCUUUUUCUCAAAAUCAAACUUUAGGACUGAUUUUCCAGCUUGCACGUAAUGAAAUAAGAAAUAAUUACAGUAUCCAGUAUAUUGACAUUGGUUGCCAUAAUACUUGAGCGACACAAAACGAGAGAAUAGCUACACUGUGGAAAGACGAAGACAGAAAGGUUUAAAUUUUAUGCCCAUCAUGAAAUCUCGCUGUGGUGAGAAAUUGAAUUAGGUUCCUCAAACAACAUAUCCAUCUAAUGCUUUAUUGUAAUUACACAUUCAUACAUUAUACAAAUGUGCUGAAGUUGUUUACUCAUUAACAAUUCAACACACAGUGAAUAACACAUGCAACACAUUUCCAAAAUUGGAUUUUGUUGUUAGUUUUUAUUGCCGUUUAACCUUAAACAACCAAAUAUAUUCAAGGCAGAUAUAUCAGAAAAUCUGCUUUCCGCUGCCUGUCUAAAUAAAGCCUGAAGAAAUUAUAGAAAUCGGGCACAAACACGGCCACAAAAUUGGUGUUGAUCAUAAUUUACAUGAGAGUUGCGGUGUAUGUGACUGGCAAUAUUUUCAGAAAUAACAUCUUUUACUUUAAAGGGGACAGAGAAUGAAAAACCAUUUUUAUCUUGUCUUUGUUGAAUAAUGGUAGUCUACCUGCAUUCACGAACAUACAAAAAGUGCUAAACAUGCUAAACAUUUCAGUCUCAUAGUAAUUCCUCUUUUAGAAAUGUCAGCCAGAAAACGGCCCAAUCUGAAAAACUGAUGCUUAUGACAUCACAGGCAUCUCACUGCCCCUCCACUUUAAAAUAAUUGGCUACAUUUUUUGAGUGGCAGCAAUGUCAGCCAAUCAGUAAUGAGAUUGCAAGUUCAGCCAGUACGGGGAGCCAAAAAGGUGCAAAACCACUUGUUUAAAAUCCCCCACCCUAAUAGAGCUAUCUGAGAGAGGUUUUUAGGAAGCUUCUAAGGCAUUACAGACCCAAACAAAAACAUUUUUGUCUACAUGUCACAUCACAGAACAAGGAUAAAACUCCGUUCAAUCAUUCUAGGUCACCUUUAAAACAAACCUCCAUCCUUCACGAACAGCACUAACAUUUGUGAAUAUAUAAUGAGCCUCAUUUGCAUAUAAAGAAGCAGGUCUCUAAAAGGAUGAUGAAGUUGAAUAUGUUGAAUUAUGACUGGCAUGUGAAAAAGGCGCAUGAUCACGGUGAGAUAUCAGUUAAGCUGUUUAGUGAAUUUGACGCUUAACAGUUAAUGCUUUGGUAUUUUUCAGAAGAACAAAUUGAGAAGACCACUCUUCCACUCGAUUUCCAUACACAUUGCCUUUUCUGUAACCCAGACAGGAAUGCAUGAGCUGUGUUUCUGACAGUUUUAAAGUGCAAUGUUAAAAUACUAGUUUCAUAAUAGGCUGACAGUAGUAAAAACGUUGGUUCCCGCAAAUUUUAUAGCAGUCUUCAAAAUGCAACAAAGUGACAAACCGGUCAUGUAAUUUCACAUUUGGGUGAUUUUAGGCCUGAUAACAUUUGUAUGUGUACAAAACAACUGGUUCAGUAGAGCAAUAGCAAGUUUACAAGCAAAAAAAAAAUACAGGUGGUCAAGUCCAUACAAUAUAACAGUUCCUAAAAGGCAAUAUUCUCAUGUCUAAUAAUAAGAGAAAAAAAAUCAAUAAUGUAAACUGCAACAAGUUAAACAUGAGAGGGGUGUGUAUGUCUGCGUACGGCAGAUGUUGGCUAUUAUUUCUCUCAUUCUCGAUUUCACACUAUAAUUCACACAUAUAUUAUAGUUAUUGUUCGGUUUUGAUUUGUUAAGCUAAUUUUCUACUUACAAUAUACAGUUUACCUCCACUAAACUAUUUCAUAUCACACAGACAACUAUAAAUAAACCAUAAUUUUUUUUUAACUUUUUUUAUAAGAAUCCUGACCAGCCAAACCCAGCAACCAACCAAAACCAAAAGUUAAGGGUAGGGUUCAGGUAAUCUUUUUCAAACUGGUUAUUAUUUUUGCAAUAUGAAUGAUCCCAGCUUUAAAAGAGCUGUGCGGCUGUUCCAUGACAGGAAAACAAAAGGAUAGACAUUAUACUAAAAGGUCACCUAUUUUGCAAAAUCCACGUUUACAAGGUGUUUGGACAUAGAUGUGUGUUGGCAGUGUGUGAAAACAACCACUCUACAAUAAAAAAGUCACCCAGUCGUUUUUUUAAUCAUCAUUAAAUCAAAGCAGUCUCAUUAGACAUGCUGUUCUGAUUCUAUUGUUUAUGUGACAUCACACUGAUAAAGCCCCGCCCACAGUUACUGACUGACAGUCCUUCAUUACCAUAGUUUCAGCCCUCAGCGAGUUGUACGCUUUCUGCCAUAUCUCAAUAGUGACAUACUUAUGUCUCAGACUGUAUUUACAGGAAUCAAAUCUAUUUUAAGUGAAAGCGCUCAUUCUCUCUUUUAGUCAUAUGCAUUUAAAGUUUAAACAAACACACAUUUUUGCUUCCAUUCGGAUAGGGGUGUUUGGACAUGCUAUAAAAAAUUAUCUGUGGGGUAUUUUGAGCUAAAACUUUACAGGCACAUUCUGGGCACACCUGAGACUUUACAUCUUGUAAAAUUGGCAUAAUAGGUACCCUUUAAAUAUUUGAUAAUUUAAAGUAGUUGCCUUAAUUAAUCUGAGUACUACCCUGACUUAUUUAUUACAUAUGAGAAAAACAGAUACAUGCCUUAUCUGUAAGUUUGAUUUUAAUCAUUGCCAAAUUUAAUUUCUUCAACGUACAUAUUUUUUUACAUAAGCCACACUAAUAUUUACCGCCUUUCUAAAGUGAAAACCCUCUAGGCUGCCAAGCAUGUGCUUGAGUUUGGAAAAAAUAUAAAUGUUCAUUAAACAAACAUCCCUCUGUCUUUAGAUGCAGUUUUAAAAGUUUUUUUGACUUAAAUACUAAGUCUCACAUGAUUUUACUUCAGGCUGCUAAGCAUGUGAUUCGAAUUGGAAGUAUGGAGAUCAUAUAAAUGUUUCUCAAACCUGUUACUGUCUUUGGAGGCAGUAUAAAUAUGUUUUUAAAGAUAUAUCUAGAUAAAUAUUACUAGAAUAAAAUAUUUGAGAGCCUCGAGUGCUCAGUUGUUGCUGUCAGACCCCAUUACACAGUGUCACACCCUUUAUAGUUUUUUUAUACAGUUGAACUCGUGUGAGGUUAUGAAUAUGUUUAUUUUUUGGUGCAAGUCUAUAAAGAUAUGAGAGGUGCCUCAACAAGAAAUUGAAAAUUAACAUUUUUAGUUUUUAGUUUCAUAGAAAACAACUAUGCAUAUGUUCUUUCUUUGGUUGACAGGAUUUGUCUAGAAGUUGUUGCAAUAAUAUUUUGGCAGGAAUGGGUAGUUUUAUGUCUUACGUUGGCUUAGUACAUGUUUAUUAAACCAUUGAGUAUAGUAAUACAUCAUAUUGUUCAGACAAAUUCAUUCAUUACUACAAAAACCUGGUGUCAAGCAAAUGUCUUUACAACGUUUACGACUUAAAGAAUUUAGGUUUGGUCUUAAAUUGAGAAUGUGAUUUUCUGACGGUUGUACUUUCCACCAAAUUUGUGACCUUGGACCACAAAACCAGUCAUAAGCAGUGUUGGGGAAAGUUACUUUGAAAAGUAAUGCAUUACAAUAUUAAGUUACACCCCAAAAAAGUAACCAAUUGCGUUACUUAGUUACUUUUCAUGGAAAGAAAUGCUUAAGUUACUUUUGCGUUACUUUUUCUAACUUUGCUGAGGUUUGAUCUCUUUCAGGCCAACCCAGUCUCACCCCAUGGCGUCAAUAUUUGACGACACUUGACCAUGCGUCAAUAUGUUGACGCGGAGGGUAUACCUUUUGCGUCAUUUUUUGACGAACUGGGGACUUCAAUACUAUUACGUCCGUUGCAUUCUCUUUCCUAUUUUCUUACCAUUUUCGCGUCGGUUUAGGGUUAGAUUUACAUAAUGACAUCCCUACCCAAACCUAACUCUAACCCCAAUGCCAGGUGACAACUGUUUAAUUUCGCGUACCUAACUCUCUAACCCCAACGCCAGGUAACAACUGUUUAAUUUCGCGUACACUGUUUAAUUUUGCGUAAUCUAACCCUAAAC